GCAGUGACUAAAUGCGAACACAAUGAAUUCCCAAAAGAUUUUAAAUUCGGUGUUGGAACCAGUUCAUAUCAAAUUGAAGGCGGAUGGAAUGUUGAUGGGAAGGGAGAAUCAAUUUGGGAUUACAUGACACAUAAUCGGCCACAAAGUAUUGAAGAUCAAAGCAAUGCUGAUUACACAGCUGAGAGUUACAAACAUUGGAAACGUGACGUUGAAAUGGUUGAAGAACUUGGUGUAUCGAUCUACCGAUUUUCCAUUAGUUGGACAAGAAUUUUGCCAAAUGGUUUUACAAAUCAUGUUAAUGACGCUGGAAUAAAUUACUACAAUAAUUUGAUUGAUGAACUAAUAAGACGCAAUAUUACUCCAAUGGUUACAAUGUAUCAUUGGGAGCUGCCACAACGUCUUCAAGAACUCGGCGGUUGGACUAAUCCAGAACUAAUUGACAUCUUUUACGACUACGCACAAGUGUUACUUGAAAAGUUUGGUGAUCGAGUAAAGAUAUGGACAACAUUCAAUGAACCGUGGCAUGUUUGUGAACAAGCUUACGGUCAAGAUUACAUGGCACCGGCUUACAACUUCCCUGGCAUUCCAAACUACCUUUGUGGCCAUAAUCUUUUAAAAUCUCAUGCAAAAGUUUAUCAUAUGUACAAAAAUAAAUUUAAUCGACAAAAUGGUGUUAUGGGUAUAACUUCAGAUGUGAGCUUUCCGCAACCAUUAACUCGAAGUCUUGAUGAUCAAAAGGCAUGUGAACGAGCAUUGCAAUUUUAUGUUGGAUGGUUCAUGCAUCCAAUUUAUAGCAAGUAUGGAAACUAUCCGAAGAUCAUGAUUGAUCGCAUCGAUGGAUUAAGUCGUCAGCAAGGUUUUACUAAGUCAAGACUGCCAAAAUUUACUUCCGAAGAGAUCAAAAUGAUUCAUAAAACAUCUGAUUUCUUUGGAAUUAACUCAUACACUUCUGUUCUUGUGACAUCGAAUGACGAUAAAAGUAACCCCGCUAAUCACGCUGUGCCUUCAUUCUUUCAUGAUAUGGGAAUAAUAGAAACGCAAGAUGACAAUUGGCCAAAAAGCGGAUCAGUUUGGUUGAGAGUUUAUCCACCAGGAAUGCGACAUUUAUUGAAUUGGAUAAGAAAAGAAUAUGACAAUCCAGAGAUUUUCAUUACUGAAAAUGGCGUCAGUGAUAAAGGUGGAUUGAAUGAUACAAAACGUGUUGAAUAUUUUAAUUCCUACCUGACUUCAAUUCUUGGAGCAAUCAAAGACGGUUGUAAUGUUAAGGGCUACAUCGCAUGGAGUUUAAUGGAUAGUUUUGAAUGGAAAGCUGGUUUUACAGAAACCUUUGGACUUUAUCACGUAGAUUUUACUCAUCCAAACAAAACUCGAAUACCAAAAUUAUCAGCAAAAGUUUACAGUAAUAUUGUGAAAACAAGAAAAAUUGAUUUAGAUUAUAAUCCUGAAAUAAGUUCAAAAACUGCAUCUUAUAUGUUGGAAUACUCGUCAGGAGCAGGAUAUAAUACUAAUGCUUGCUUGAUUGGCAACAGAUGCCCUGUACCCGCUGUUAGCCACCCAGGCCCUGUCAAAAGAGGAACAAUCGCACUAAGAGAAAUUCGCCGUUACCAGAAUUCAACAGAGCAGCUGGUUUCCCAUGCUUCGUUUCAAAGAUUAGUUAGAGAAAUUACAAUGGUAUUUAAACCCGAUUUUCGCUAUCAAGCUGCAGCUUUGAGCGUGUUACAAGAGGGUGCUGAAGCAUAUUUAGUUGGAAUAUUCGAGGAUACCAAUUUAUGUUCCAUUCAUGCAAAGAGCUGUGUUGACAAUUUAUUUAGUCGACAAGUUGAAGAAAACGAGGAUUCGUGUGUAUCAUAUUGUGUUGAUAAAUUUGCUAAUGUUAAUCAGAGACUAAUGACUACUUAUGUCGAAGUGCAGAGUAGUAUAAAUGAGAAACGUAUGCAGGAAUACGAAAACCAAAUGAAAGAAGCUGAAGCCCAAGCAGCUCGUCAACAGGAAGAAGUAACAGACUCUGCAAUAAGCGUAGAACCAACUGUAGAAGCCACAAAUUAAUUAUUAGACAAAUAAAUUUAGUAAUGAAACAAUUAACUAUUGCAACUUUGAUAGGACUUCCAGCAUCAGGGAAAACAACUUUAGCUCACAAAUUACUUGAAAUGUGUGAACAAAACUCAUUGGAUUAUGGAUUAAUCAUAAUCAGUUUUGAUGAAAACAUUUCCCUUAAAUUUGACGAUGUUGUCUUUGGUGAAUAUAAGAGCAGACGGGAAUUAUUAUUUGAACGGAUUGAAGAUUUAUUAAAAGCAUUAUGCGAGAAAGAAUUUAGUGUGUGGCAGACGAUUUUAUCAACACAUUCGUUGACGAGCAACAAAAAAAAUUACAACAUCAAUGAAGAAUCUCCAACUUUAAUUAUUUUAGAUGAUAAUUUUCAAUACAGAAGCAUGCGACAAAGAGUCAGAAAAAUCUGUAGACAUUUCCAAUUUGGAUACUUUCAAAUCUUUUUGAAAGUUACUCUUGAUAAAGCUAAAGAAAGAAACGCAAAGAGAUCGUCUCGAAUUCCUGAGGAAAUUAUCGAUAAGAUGAAUGAUCAGUUGGAAGAACCAACAAACGAAAGAACGAUUCAUUUAGAUACAAACCUUUUUAACUUCGAUGAUUUAGUUUUAUCACUUAAUGAUAGAAUGAAAUGUCCUGAAACAUUUGAAGAUCACUCUAAAAUACCACAACAGCAAUCUAUAAUACAUGAAAUGGAUUUGAUAACAAGAAAGAUUAUCGGAGUUAGAAUAAAAGAUUUGAAGAGUAAUGAAAACAUGACAUUGAUUUGUGCCUCAAUGAAUAGGAAACGGAAAGAAUUUCUAGAUAGUUUGCGAGCCCAAACACAAGUCGUCGAUGAUGUUGAUUCCUUGAGUGAUGCUUUUAAUUGUUUCUUAGAUAAAUAAAAUGUUUUCUUUACAC